ACUUGAAGGCAAACACACUUAUAAAUGCUUUUUGAAAGGCAUGUCGAAUUUAUCAACAGCAAGAAAUAUGAAAUAUAUUGCUGUGUUAUUCAUAUACUGUACCACAAACAUUUUUAUUAGUGUUACAAGUGAAAAAAGAUGCCAUCGUUCUUCAUCAAAAGACUGCAAAGUUCUCGUGCAUUGUAAAAAUCUAAAGAAGAUUCCCAAGUUUGUGAGAAACGUCACUUGUAUAUCUCUGAGGGAAAAUAAAAUUAGUCUUAUAGCAUACAACGCUUUUGAAGGACUUCAGAGAUUACACACUCUGGAUUUAUCUAUGAAUAUACUAGAGACGAUUUACGAAGGAGCCUUUGGUGGUUUGAAAAUGCUGAGGUAUCUAGAUAUCUCCUACAACAAAAACCUGGGAUUUGCUGUUCUCCCAAAUGUAACGCACAAUUUGAAUAAAACCGCUAUAAAAGUGUUGAAGUUUGACCAAAUCUCGUGUAUGGGAGGGAGAGGCAAUGUCCUCCGUCGGCAACAUUUGCAGAAUCUGAGAAAUACGUCACUAGAGGAGCUCAGUACAUCUAGCAAUAGGAUAGAUUUGUUUGAACCAUGUGUGCUAUCCGAUUUGCCAAAGACCAUAAAGAAAAUAUCAAUUGCGGCCAAUCGUUUUAGUGCAGGGUUGUAUGCCCUUGAGUUCCAUACCUUAGAGAAUGUGCAGGUAAUCAAUGCAAGUCUUAGGAACCGUCCUCCUCACUUUUACGAAUCGGUGUCCAGUUGCAGGGAAAAUUUCGACCAAGCAAAUUUAACCCCUCUGAAAGAGAUCUGCCUGCAAAAUGUAAAGUCAAUUUCUAAACCAUUACUCCGCUCUAAUCUGACAUUUUCUGUUCCACCAAAACUGCACACCUUAUACCUUAACUCUAGCAGAAUUUUCAUUAGGGCUACCCCCUUUGGUCUUCACGAAAACAAGAUUCAACGAUUAUAUCUACAGGAUAAUAUCAUAUACCAGUUAAUUGGACCUCUAUUCGGAGUAGAAAAUAUUACAGAGAUUGACUUUUCAAGGAAUUUUUGUUACAAAAUGACUAAAUCAUUUACUCAUAGUUUUCCCAAUUUGCGCAUACUUAAACUAAAACAGAAUAAUCUCGGAGAGACGUUUAAAAGCGAUAGUUCGGGUUCCAUAUUCGAGAAACAAUCCGAACUGGUUUAUCUGGAUAUAUCGUAUAACAGGAUCCGUAGUUUAUCUUUUUUCUUGUUGAAAAAUCUCGUCAGUCUCUCGCUGCUUGAUAUUUCAAAUAAUCAGAUUUCGGAAUGGAAUGUAAAGAUGUCUCAUAUGAAGAACCUUUCUUAUCUAGAUUUAUCUAAUAAUAGGUUAGGGGCGAUCUCAAGAAACGGAAUGAAUGAAAUUACACACCUCUUUGGGCAAUCAAACUUGACAAUCAACCUGAAAGGUAAUAGAUUGAUUUGUUCUUGUGACACAAUAGAGUUUUUGAGAUGGCUGUUGAAUUAUAGAGAACAUUUCAAAAAUUAUUCUUCAUAUUCCUGUUUUAAAACACGCAAGGAUAUGUUCUCCUUUAAGGAUCUUGGAAGUUCUCUAAUGAGGCUUGAGUCAGAAUGCCAGUCGAACACUCUUUACUACGUUUUAGGUUCUACAGCACUGUCCUUAAUUUUUAGUUGUGUCAUUGGUGUUGGCAUUUAUAAAAAUCGUUGGAAAAUUCGUUAUCUGAGAUACACAGCAAAUCAGAGAUUCUUCAAAGGAUAUAAGACAUUUAACACUCAAACUGAUGACUCGUACCUGUACGAUGCAUUUGUGUCAUAUACGGGCAAGGACAGAGAAUUUGUAACAAAAGAAAUGAUUAAACACUUGGAACAAAUCAAUGGAUUUCAGCUUCUUAUCCGAGAUAGAUCAUUUGUUCCAGGGGAAUCAAAAUCUCAUCAGAUUAUUCGCUCUAUUCAAGAAAGCAAGAGGACAAUAUGCGUAGUUUCGAAACGUUUUUUGAAAUCUAGUUGGAGAGAUUAUGAGUUAAACAUGGCGAGAGUUGAGGGGAUAGAGGCAAGGAAAUCACUGAAACACGUAAUCCUCAUCCUCCUACCCGAGGUCCAGAAUAGUGGUUCUCUCAGAAAGAUUUCGGAUUUUUUGAAGAAGAAAUGUUUCAUUGAGUAUCCAGAUGACCCAACAGGCUACGAGGAAUUCUGGGAAAGUUUAUGGUGACGAUCCGAGAGGAGAGGAGCGGAUCGUCACACUUGGCUAGCGACGAGGUUGUUGUUUUAACCUCAUUCGAUAAUAUUCCCCCAUAUA